UGGCCCAAUGCACUUGAAAACGAAAGGACGCUUAGUAAAACCAAAUGAACGAUCGCUUCCAAAAUGGUCGUUUUUUUUUUCGAACAUUUCAAUUGAACUAGUUCGUUCGUGAACGAUUCAUCCAUAGUGGUGACGGCGCGGGGACAGCUGUCGUGUGAACUGUGAAUUCAUGAUAGACAAAUAUAAUGUAAUGGCAAUAUAAACAUUAGUGAAGGAAUUUUUUGCAUCGCGAGGAUAAGCCAAGCAGCAAAUGACUUGCGGUCAACAAUUUAUGUACUUUCUGCGGUCAUUUGCUUGCCCUAGAGCAUCCUAUCAUACAUAAAGAUAGUAAUAGUAUCAUGAGUUCGUCAGGUUCCAGCUUUCGAAAACGAGUGGGAACCAGAGUGCCGUUUAUUUUGGGGACGAAACCAUCAAUACAAAACGCUCAAUUGCUUACUUCAACUGGAGUUCCCUCGUUGGACACUUUCAUAGGAGGAGGUAUCCCCAUUGGAACAUUGUUUUUGAUUGAGGAAGAUGUGUACGGUAAUUUUGCUAAGCUCCUCUUCAAAUAUUAUUUGGCUGAAGGUGUUAUUUCUCAACAUGAUUUACAUGUGGUCAGUCAAGAUGUCGAUCCUGUACAGAUGAUAGAAGAUCUCCCAAAACCUAUAGAGAAAGCGAAUUUGAAAGAAGGCUCUCAUUUUGGGCCCAAAGACCAAAUGAAUAUUGCAUGGAGGUAUCAGAACCUGCCUUCUGUCCAGACAGAGCCAGACACAGACUUUGGCCAUCAUUACGACAUUACGCAGAAAAUGGACCCUGCUCAAAUGCAAAAAGUUAAUAUUACUUAUUGGAAUGCUGAUGAAAUUGAUGGCACACAUUUGAAUGGUAAUAAUGCAUACUAUGAAGAGCUACUGGAAUCUAUUCAGCAACGCAUUAAAAAUGGCCAGUUCUACAGUGAAGAUUCUCCGAAGAAAAGAAAUGUGCUACGAAUUGGAGUUCAGAGUUUGGGAUCUCUCCUUUGGGGAAGAGACAGCACUAAUCUUAUUUUAUUUUUGUAUAAAUUGAGGUCUUUACUUCAAUCAUCUUACUGCGUUUGUCUUCUUACUAUUCCUACACAUCUUAUUAAAAAAAUUUCAGAUGUACACAGAUGUCAACACUUGUGUGAUACUGCAGUGAAGCUGGAAUCGUUUGCAGGAUCGGACAGAGAGACAAAUCCAAUUUUUAAAGAUUAUCAUGGUUUAUUUUACAUAAACAAAUUACCUGCAAUUAAUUCAUUAUGUAGUCAUGUUCCUGGGAGUUUUGAUCUGGCAUUUAAAUUACGGCGAAAGAGAUUUUCCAUUGAGAUGCUGCAUUUGCCCCCUGAACUGCAGGAAACGACUCAACGAGAACAAGACGAUUUUGGAUCUGUAAUGUUAGGGUGUUCCAAUCCAAGAAGUAAAACAUUGGACUUUUAAGAUGGCCUGAAUGCUUUCAUUUCUGGAAGAUGGUUUAGUUGUGCAUAAACUCUUAUUCAUAGGAAGUGUACUUUGAGUGUAAAUAAAUAUGUGAAAAUAUAAAACAGUUUUAUAAUGUAAUACAUAUGGACCACUUCUGUUGAAAUUGAACUGCCACAAGUUGAUACCAAAGUGAUAUGUAAUUAAGCAAGAUACGAGUUUAGAAAACUAGUAUCCUGGCGAAGCUCUUAUGUAUUGUGUUUAUUGAAAUAUAUAUUUCUUUAUGAAACCAAAGAAUUGUGAAUAAAUUAUCAAUAUAACUGAAGAAGUUAGUAUAUCUCUUGUCUUAAUUACUCAAAAAAGUGCAUGGUCAUGUACAUCACUAGUUCAUUCCUUGAAUCUCAAUUAGAUAUCUUCCAUAAAUUAUGGGACACAAAUUUGGAGUGUUUUGGAUUCCCCCUAAAAAAUUACAUAAAGCUUGUGUCUCCCCAAUCCAUUGAUAAAAAGUAAAAAUUAAUGAUAUAACAAUUAAAAUUAUUUGUAAUAAUUGAAGAUCGCAACAAUUCCAAUCACUAAAAAUAUGUUGCGAUACAUCCCUGGAACUCGUUGCAAUACGCAUAUUCUGUGACUUUGGCACUAGGUAUGUAAGGCUUAAGGAUGACCCUUACGAGAAUGCUCCUAAGAAUGUGAAGUGUACAUCUUCACUAUGAAGCAGUAAAAAAAUAUUAAUAUGUAAAUAAAUUGUUUUCUUAAUAUGUGGAUGUUUUGCCCCCUUUGUUAAGUUUUUUAAAUUACGGUCUUUUAAAAUUGGAAUCAAUGAGGCAUUUGAUUUAUAAAAAUUAAAUAGAUAGAAAGGACUUUUGAAAAAAGAAGGAAGAACUUAAUGUUUUUGACAGGAAAAUGUCUUUAAAUCAUAUAAUUUAAAUCAAAUAAAAUGUAAUUAAAUUUAUAAAUACUUUCAGAAUCCUUUACAUAAUGCUAGUUAAAUCUGUUUGGACAUAUUCUAUAGUUUGGUUGCCUUUCUUCCAAAUACACAUAUAAAAAUGUAAGUUGCCCCACCAGACUUUUUAGUACUUUCUCACCCGUAUUUUCACGCAAAAUUACGCAAAAAGUUUUCAAAUUUUCAAAAAGUACACGACCUUAUUUCAAAAUUACCUUUAAGUUAUAGAUUUGGUUUCAUAUUGCAGGGGCCCCAACAUCAGCCAGAUGGAUUUAGGAAUAUCAAUUUUGGAGAAAAUUAGCUAAACGGUUUAGCUGCUAGCAUUGUCAGAU